AUGGAUGGACUUGACAUCUGGCGUAUCCCACGACACACACACGAUGUGCAGCUGGACAUCCCGAUGUAUCACUGGCCGACAGUGCGUACGAUGCAUCUUGCAUUUACGGAACGAGCCCAGAAAGCAGGCUAUGGACCGAUGAGUGAAUUUGUGGUCAUGGAGGAUCGAUUAGUCCAUAAUAUCCACAUUGUUUUCGAGACGUACGACGCCGACGCCCCAAAGGAGGCGCAAGAUCUAGUGCGAAAUCUGCUCAAGGACUCUAUCACCCACCGAUGGGAAGGUUUCCGAACCCACCCUGCUAUCAUGGAUCAAAUGUUCUCCCUCAAUACCUCUCAGCGCGACAUUUGGAAAAUGAUGCCUACAGCGGCAAAAGACACAGUCGAUAGCGAAGGUAUCCAUCCUGGCGCCGGGCAGACAUGGCGUUUGCCAAAGCACUCUUUCACGUCUGCAUGGAGAAAGGUAAUUGAUGAGUUUUAG